AUGUCCAAUUACAUGUCUACCUAUGCUAAGGUAGUUGAGAUAUCAAAUAACUUAGAUAAUCUAAUUCCCAUAGGAACUAUAAAUGUUUAUAAUCUUCCUUUUGAAACUUGUGAUUUAGGAGGUGGAUUGGAAGCACCAGAUGGUUGGAAAUGGUUAGAUUUGAAAUUAUUACCACCAAAUGAUGGAAAUUAUCAUCACAUUAUCACAUUACUUGACUUUUUGCAAUCUUAUGGAUUUUUCAAACUCACAUAUAGAAUCAUCAAAUUCAAUGAAGAUCCAAUGUUUCAAAUAUGCAAAAUUAGAUUAUAUUCAAUUCCUAGUGAUAUUGAAGGUGCUAGAUUUUUUAGAGAUUGGAGACAAAUGUUAAAAGCUAGUUUGAAAAUAGAUAAAAAUUAUAUUAUCAAUCUAGAUAUUUUAUUAAAAUAUGUGGAUUUUUCAUCUUCUGGUUGGAAAUCAAACCUGAAAAUGUCUAUAUCGGAGUUCUUGCAUAAUCAUGAUCUGAUAUUUAUUAUAGAUGCACAAAAAUUGGUGAAAUUAUCAAUACCACCCAUUGAGGAGUCCAAGUUUUAUAUUCAACGAUGGUGUUCUGGAGGGUCUGUUGGUAGAUAUUCUAUCAGUACAGAGAGUCUUGAUAGAUCAUUCGGACAAAGAGUUAAAGAUAUCUAUAAUGAAAUUCGAUCUCCAAAUUUAUCAAAAUACGUUCAUGAUGAUAUUGACAUGAAAGAAGUUACCCAGAUUUCAUCAAUUGAAUUGAGAUUAUCGAAAUUGGCAAUGGAUGCUACAAAGGAUUCAGUUAAAAUACCAGGGGUGAAAUCAUUAGUAUACCCAUAUCAAGCAAGAUCAUUGGGAGUAAUGUUAGAAAGAGAAUCAACUGUACGGAGGAGUUUGGUACCAAAUUUUAUAAAGCUAAAAUCACCUAUCAGUAUGACAGAAUUCUAUUUUGAUCUAUACACCAAGCAGAUCUGUACAAAACCAAGUUUAGUUACAUUACCAAAAGGUGGAAUAUUAGCAGAAAAUAUGGGUCUUGGGAAAACUUUGAUUUGUUUAGGCUUAAUAUGUCUAACUAAAUUUGAAAUAUCAAAAAUUCCAUUAGAUUUGUUACUUUAUCAUGAAAUUGAAAUUCAAGACUCCGUGAAAUCAUUAACUAAACUUUGUCGCGAGAAAGUUGCCCAAUCUUCAAUACCAUGGCAGUACUAUAAUCUACCUGAAUCGUUGAAACAAGAUCUUAAAGAGAAUCCAGGAUAUUUUUGUAUGCAACAUGAUAUAGAUGAAUCUUUCAAUUCUGCUGUACAACCAAGAAAGAGAUCAAAUAAUAAUAAGAAUAGUGCAACACUCAGAAAGCUUUACAUGUGUAGCACAAGUUUAGUUGUUGUUCCUGAUAAUUUAUUUUCACAAUGGAGUGAUGAAAUAGCCAAGCAUGUUGACGAAGGUUAUCUUAAAGUGCUAUGCCUUGCAAAUCAUAUUAAAAACAAGGACGAUACAGAUAAUGUAACUUCUAUUUACUUUUCAAAUACUGUUCCUCAAGAUAUCCCCUUUUUAAUAAGUUAUGAUGUAAUAUUAUUUGCACAGUCUGCUUUAUCGAGAUCUAUAAAUGAUAAACAAUCUCCUAUCCAGAAUAUAUAUUGGAAGAGAUUGAUAAUAGAUGAAGGGCAUAGUAUGCAUUCAAAAUCAUCCAAAGCGGCACAAAUGUGUCGGUUAUUAUUUGCAGAAAGACGGUGGGCAGUAUCAGGAACACCAACGUCUGGAUUGACUAAACUUUACAUGGAAGAGGAUAACAACAUUGAUAUUCAUCUAGUUGAGAAUGAAUUUAAUGCUAAAACAGAUUUGUCAAAACUAGGUACUAUUGUUAGUAAUUUCUUGAAAAUGGAACCAUAUUAUAGUAAUCCUAAACUUUGGUCACAAGAAAUCAUAUUACCGCUCAAUAAAUCUGUAUAUGGGUCGGAAUUAACAUUCAAAAAUUUAUUAAAUUCGAUAAUGAUUAGACAUCAACCAAGAGAUAUUAAUGUUAAACUUCCGAGAUUUCAUCACGAAAAAGUAGUACUACAACCUUCAUUCCAUGAUGCUUUAUCGAUGAACUUAUUUGCGUCUGUGUUGGCAGUCAAUGCAGUCACAUCGGAGAGAACGGGUGUGGAUUAUAUGUUUCAUCCAUAUAAUAGACAGCAAUUACGAAGACUAUUGUCAAAUGUUCAAAGAGCCACCUUCUACUGGACCGGAUUUCAACAAGAAGAUGUUCAAACAUUAAUUGAUAUUUGCGAUAAAGCAUUAGAAGAUGACAAGUAUAAUGAGACAGAUAUAGAAUUAUUGAAAAAAUCUAAAAAGGUUGCUCUUACGGCAUUAAGAAAUCCAAGAUGGAAAAUGUCACAAAUGAUUCAUGAAUUAAACUAUUAUGUUUCUAAUUGUUCAAUGUUUACAUCUACAUAUGGAAUAGGUACUAUUGAAUCAAAGGGCGUCGGGAUAUUUGGAGCACCACAAUUAUUAUCCCUUAAAGAAUUUUGGACCAAAAAUGAACAUUUGACAUUUAAUAGUGAAACUGAAUUCCAAGAUAAGUUGGAAUUAAAUUCAAAGGAAUUUUGGGCUAGAUAUUGGCAAGAUGAAGCAAGUAGAAAUAAAGAGAAGUUUAGUAAGAAGAAAGUUAUUGAAAACCAGGCAACAAUUCUCGGAAUGAUGACAAAAUCAGAACCUACAAGGGAUGAACCCACAAAUAGUGAGCCACUACAAACAAUAGUUUCCCCGCCAAAGAAGAAACGUAAAGUAAUGUUUGCAGAUGCUACAAUACCCGAAGAAGAAGAAGAAGAAGAUCCAUUUCCACAUGAAAAAAAUUCAUUUCAGAUGAAUGUUGAUUCGAUAAAGCUUUUAGGAACUUCAUCAAUCAAAUUAACCUACUUGGCAAACAAUUUAUAUGAAAAUCAAAAGAAUAAGAUUAAAUCCAUAGUAUUUUUUGAAUUUGAAGAUAGUGCCUAUUAUCUUACUGAAUUGUUAGAAAUCAUUGAUGUUAAAUAUAUCUUGUAUGCAAACUUUAUCAGUCCAAUAGAAAGAUCAAAAAAUCUUAAAGAUUUUUCUAAUUAUGAUAAUGAAAAAAAUGGAGGUAUUGUAUUAAUUAUGAAUAUUGCCCAUUCAUCGCAUGGAUUAAAUAUAAUUGCUGCGUCGUGUAUAUUUUUCAUUAAUCCAGUUAAGAAAGAAUCAAUUGAAGCACAAGCUAUUAAAAGAGCCCAUAGAAUAGGUCAAGAUAAAGAAGUAACAAUUAAAACAUUGACCUUAGAUCAUGUUGAUGAGUUGAAAAUAUUUGGUACUGCUAAUACUGAUGAUAAUGAAGAAGUUAAUGGGGAUGAUAAAUUAUUGGAAUUCUUAGACUUGAAACUUGAUGAUGAAGGAAAUGAAUUUGCUUCAUUUGCUGAACCAAUUGUAUUGUUUAAUUAA